AGUCUGAACGAAGCGUCCGUCGGCGGCGUCGGGAUAAAUAUAUAAAAAUAUAUUCGUAAAUAUUGGAAUACAUGUCCUUUUUUUGUAUGUUGUGAUUUGGUUUUCGUUGCCAAGAGAUAAAUGGGACUUAAUUUGUGAUUCUUGGAUUUUAUCAUUUAUUUUUGAAGUGCUUAUAAACUUUAAAAUUUUCCAAAUAUUGUACACGAACCAUCAAAAGUCAUUGUCAUAUUAAACAAAGCGAAUGCUGUUCCUUCAAGCUCCAUUGGUGUCCUGUAUAGCGGUUUUUCCACCUCUGAUAUAUCAGCACAAAAUCAGACAUCAUCUACAAGCACAAUUUCUACAAUAUCCAUUGCAGUUGAACAAAUGAGGUCCUCAGUAAGAAUACUGGUAGAAAUGAUUCCAUUGGAACGGAAGAGUAUCAAAACUGUUUAGCCUACAAAAUGCAAAUACCGACACAAAUGUACCUGAUACUGCUGCUUCAGUUGAUCAAGGAGACAACAUGCUGUUCAAUAUUUUGUGCUUGUAUGUGGAAAAGCGGAAAACAGACAGUCGAGUGCAAAAAUAAAAAUCUCUCAGAUAUUCCUAACGGCCUCGAUAUGACGACGCAAGUGCUGGACUUUUCCGGGAACAGACUCGGGCAGCUUUACGAAAAUAUGUUUUCUAUAAAAAAACUAGAGAGUCUCCAAAGACUUUAUUUAUCAAACUCUUUGAUAAAAUCAAUACAUGAAAGCGCUUUUGCGGGUUUAACUAACCUAGUGGAAUUGGAUCUCUCGAAUAAUUUGUUAGAUGCAGUUCCAAGUAGAGCUUUCGUGCAAUGUCCUCUCAUGAAACUAAUAAUGUCUUCAAACCCCAUAACCGUAUUGAAAAAAGCCAGUUUCGAGCACUUAUCUCAAUUGAAUAUGUUAGAGUUAAGUGACUGUUAUAUAUCGGACAUCGAAGAGGGAGCUUUCCAGGGUCUUCACAGUUUGGAAUGGUUGCAUAUAGCCGGGAAUCGUUUAAAGACAAUACCAGGUCGAAGAACACUUCCUGAAUACGUGAAAGGUAUAACCUUGGAAAAAAAUAUGUGGGAAUGCGACUGUCACAUUAUCGAUUUAGCUAAGUGGCUGAGGGAAUUUAAAAGUGUAUUAUCAAUAGAACCAGUUUGUUACAGACCUCCAAAACUAGCUUCACGUUCUAUAAGAUCAGUGCCGAUUCAGCAAUUAGCAUGUUUACCCAAUAUCACCCCAACUUCGUUUUAUUUGGAAUUGGGUGAAGGUAAAAAUGUUUCAUUAACAUGUCACAUACAAGCAGUUCCGGAAGCUUCUGUGUCGUGGUGGUUCCAAGGUGAAAUGCUAGAAAAUGAUACAAUAGUAGCACCGGGAAUUCAUUUAAUUUAUUACAUAGAAGAAGGAACGGAGAAUAAACGAAGUGAACUUUUUAUUUAUAAUGCUAAUGCUGAUGACAAUGGAACAUUUAUAUGCAAUGCAGAAAAUAACGCAGGUACCUCACAGGCGAACUUUACUAUCAAGAUUAUUCUUAAGGAAGAGCCGCUUGUAAUUGAAGUUGUCUUUCCAUUCGAAUAUAUUUUGAUUGCUAUCGUAGGGAUAUCUAUACUCGGAAUUUCAGUGUUAAUAGCUCUUAUUGUAUUAAUCAUCAAAUGUAAACAAGAAAAACUGAGAAAACAUAAGCUUUGUCACACGGAAGAUAUGGUUAUACAAUAUCAUAAUGGGAAUAAGCUGAGUGAUGGAGUCAAGAGCUUAACCAAUUCUUUGAUGCAAAUAAAUACCCCGAAUCCAAGCGAAGAAUUGACUAGCUUCGAGACCCAAUCGUGCGAAUUGAUGUCUAGCAGCACUCUCUCUCCUAUCAGAGAUACUCGUCAAAUUAGAAGUCCUGAUUCCCUCCGAGGCAUACAACUCAAACAGAAUCCUGACAUCAUUAAUGGUUGUAGACGAGAAGGGGAUGGAGAAGAUCAUAAAAAUCAUGAAUUAUGUCAAAAUGAAUAUGUUAAUUCGAUACAAAUACCAAUAGCAAGAUUGCGGGAAAGUACCGAAUUUCUUGAUGGAGGCAGAUGUGUGGUUGAUCCCGAUGGAUACCCACUAGAUUACGGCUUACCGAAGUUGCCCUGUCGAACGGUGCCGAAUCAGUUUACCACCGAAGCGUAUUAUAGGACGUUACCGUCAAAUCGGUUGAAGAGACAUUCCGCUGCGAAUCCUUUUCGAAGGAUUUCUCGAGAGGCUGAAUUUCUUUCAAGGAGUGUUGAUUCUCCAUACGAUAAUACGGUGGAUGUUCGUUAUACAGCCGAUGGAUACCCCGUGAGGACACAAAAUCAAGAUCCAAAGUAUCCAGUAGACAAUUUAGUGGACGCCAUAUCUCCAUCGUCCCAUCCCCAUACUCCGUGGCCUGCUUGUGUUCCCGCCAACAUUCACUUACUUAACUCAAGUAUAAACCCAAAUUUGGUACACAGUGUAAAUUCCAACGUGACCAUGACUUAUGGUCCGCAAGCUUUUUCUAGACGUAGUGCGAGUGCUCAAACCGAUAAUGAAAACGUAGACUAUAUAAAUCAACAGAUUUCGAAUGAGUCCGGAUCUAAUGUUGGUAGUGGUAAUAAUAAUAAUAUUAGUGAAUCUGCACUAAAUGUACAAAGUGAUGCUUUGAGUGAAAUGUUAACGGAAAGCCCCGAUGAAGGAUAUGAGGGAGAACCUUCUGUUAUUUAGUUCGUUUUUGUUUUUUAUUAAUUGGAAGUUGAGAACCUUAAAGGCAGAAAUUUCGUAGAAGGAAUAAAUCUAAUCAUAAUAAACUAGCAGCCGGUUGGUACUUUACUUUCAAUUCUGUAUUAAGAGAAGAGCUGUUCAGGUAAACACGAACCGUGAUCGAAGAAGUGUAGGUUGGAAAUGAAUCGAUAUUGCUAUGCAACUAACUUAUACAUUUAUUGAUUGAUUGAAAACCAGCGAGACUAUGUAUUAUUAUUUGAACUCUGAUGUUUCAAUCAACAGUUAGUUUAAAAUAAUUAAGUUAAAAUUCAUACAGUGACAAAUGAAUUCCAUUUUCUGCGGUGCUUCUAAUUGAAAAAAAUAUAACAGGGAAUUAUGAUCAGAAGAAAUAAAAUUUUUGGACACAAUUGUUCACCUUUUCAUUUGAUCAUUGGAUCUAACUCAUAUAAAAGAUUCACAAUAAAAGGGGUAGCACGUGAUAUCCAAAGUAAAAAGGCAAUUUAAUUCUCCCACAGCAACAUUCAGACGCAGCUGUUUGACAUGAUGCAAGACAACGUACAAGAAAAUACAUACAAUCUCUUGCAAGAUUGAUUUAUUGCUUAGAUAAUAUAUAUAAUAAAUUAAACGUAAUAUCAGUAAAUUAGAAACUCAUUCCUCUCUAGAAUUGCAAGUUGCUCGCAAAAAAAUUGCUCAAGACCAAUAAAGUUACAAGUGUAAGAUCCUGCAUAGAAUAAUCAGAUGAACUUUAUCUGUUUAUGCUUUUGAUCACGAAAUAUUGCGUCUUCCAUUGCAUUACGCGUUGUCUUGCAUGAUGUCAAUUUGCUCCACCACAUCACUGUGAUAUAUAACUAGCAAUCCAUAUGUCUGUCUUGCAUAUUCUUAUUGCAAUUUCUAACCGCGAAGUGAAUAACAGCAAUUUCAUUAGAUAAAACUUUGAUCAUUCUGGCUCUUCACCACAACAACCAAAAUGAAUUUUAUAUUGGUAAAUAAUCAUGUUCUUUUGCAGCUAGCAUUUCAAAAAACAUAUCUGAUAUACUACACAAAAGCUUUCAGCGAUUUAACGUCAUGCGUUCAUAAUAAUUGCGGUAUAAUUUUUAAUACAUCUCUGAUUUAACGAAAAAAAAAAAGAAGUAUGCCAGAUAGAGGGUCUUGGUAAAGAAGAGCUCGGUACUAAAUAAGGAUUUGAACUUCAAACAUAAUACAAAAGAUAAAAAUGUGUCCAAACUGAAUAGAAAAUCAUACGAGAUUGGACCGGAAGUAGAUGAUGAUAAUACCAAUUUAUUUUCAGAAUGGAUAUGUAAAUCCUUCAUCGAAAUCACGGAUGGUAUAUCAGUUUAUUUGGAUAUAGUGAUAUGAAUUUUCAAGAUAUUUGUUGUACAACGUAGUUAAUACAAAAAUACGCAUCUUUCUCUUAUCUCGCAGAAGAUAUAGUUAUUCUAUUGGAGUUGAGGUUUUUGAAGAGUAUGAAAACCGUAAAUAAAAAUUUGACGAAUAUUCACUACAUUUAGCAUAGGGAAUCGAUUCAAAUUUCGAAUAAAACAUAAUAUUUGCAACCGUAUCAAUGAGUUUAUUCAAAACUAUAUUUUGAUAUUUGAAUCAUAACUGUACAGCUCUAUCUUAAUAUUUUUUGAUAGUGGUCUAUCAAUUGUGGAUGUGUCAAAAAAGCGAAUAAAGCUAAACUCAAUUGAGAAGAUAUCAACUAGUUGCCAGCUGUUUCCAAUGAAAUGAAAUAAUAGAUCAUUAGGGUCCGUUGUAACGGUGCUAUUCAGAUAAUCAUUUUAAAUUUCACAGCUGCAUUCAUUAACAUUACAAACAAAUUGGUAAACGGAUUAAAUGCGACACGUAAAUCGUAUGUGCGAAGGUAUUAAUAGAAAUAUAUUGAACUUUUUAUUUCAACAUUCUUUAUUUACUUUUUUUUUCAAUAAAUUUCAAUAACCGUAUUUACACUUGCAAUCCAAUUAUUCAAAGUGAACUACUAUAUCGGUUAGAUGAUUAGAUGGAAAAUGUUACAAUAAACUAUCGUAUCGUUUGAUUGUGAGAGUGUAGUAAUCUUUCAAACUAUAUACCAAAGGUCGGCAACCUGUUCACAAAUUAGUGCAAUUUUAAAUAAAGCCAAAGUGCCGUUCAAUGGAGUACAUGUUUUCAUAAAAGUCAUUUUUUUCUUCAAAAUUUGAAAAAUUUUCAGAGAGAUUCUUGUCCUUGUCUUUUCCGACGAGACCUUUUCUAUUUGUCGUUUUUGUCUAGUUACUCUCAAUAUUACAAAAGCCUCUGAUUGUUUUGUUGUUUGCUGACUUUGAUAUGAUUCUAAAUAAUUUCCAUAUGAGGAAAAAUUUUCUCACAUAUCACAAUCCGAAUGCUUCAAACAUUGCAAAUGGUAUUUUUUAUGCAAAUAUAUUCAUCUGGAAAACUGGCUCAAAUAUUCAAUAUUUCGUUUGAUAUAUUCUGAGAAUCACCUCCUAGAAUUACUUUUCUUUUUAUUUCCACAUUUUUUCUCUUUCAUAACUUGGAGUUCCUAAAUACAAUAUGCUGAAGAUCAAAAUCCAUUCGAAAAGAGAAUUCAUUAAGUCUGUUGUAUUAUCGCGAAAACGUACUGAUUUUCAUUUCAAAAAAAUUCUAGAAAUCAUACAAAUAUAGAACAGCUUGACCCGUUAAUUGCAACAUAAGAUUCAGUUCUUCGAGAUGAUUUGUAGUAUCAAUUAGAAUCUCACAAAUCCUUUCUUUAUUAUCUUUUGAUAAGUAAGGACUUGAGUUUAGCAACAAAAAUGACUUAGUUUCUUCCAAAUAUUCCAUAAAUCCAGAAAGCACUUUACAACGGCUAAACCAGCAAACAAUUUUCACACUAGUAUUCAUUACGAAUUUUACGCUUCCGCUGGAGAUCCAUGUGUAUGAAAAUUCUUUAUGAAUAAUGCAAUGAAAAUUCAAAAGUAGUUGAUCAAUGUAUGAAGUAAUAGAAUGUUUAACAAAUUCUGAUUGCCAACUGGGAAAUGUUAUUAACAUCGACACGCUCUCCCAUAAAAUACUAGAUACGAUGUUACGUUUAAUGGCAUCGAUCUAUUGUACAUAUUCUGCGAUUCCGGUAACUUGCUUGCCAAUAGUUCGAGCUUACUCUUUAGGAAAAGCAUUGAACCAAACAUUCGCAUUGCUCAGAAAGGUCUUCCUUUUCUAUCAAAAUUGGUGCGAUUCUAAAAUUUCAUUAGGUUGCUUGAUACCUUGAGUAAUUUUGUUAUUUAUACUGAGCAACUGCUUUUUGAAUGAUCUCCGUGUAACAGCAUCAUCUCCAUCACUUGUCCGACUGAGUUUCGUUGCCAGUUCCGUGGAAUAUUUAUAGUGAAUUUACAAUGAGUGAAAUAAAAAUGUGAUAUUUCUUCUAAUCCUUCAUCUUAUAAUACUUACACUUUACAAAGUGAUGCAUGUCAUUUUAAACAGAAGGUCGUCACAGGUCUAUCAUGCUUUUCUACGUUUCCGAUCCCUGCCAUAUAGAUUGUAUAAAGCUUUUAAGAAAAAAACAAUGAGAAUUCUCCUAAAUUCAUUUCAAUCUAUUUUUUGAACUGAGUAUAAUACGUCGCUUACGAAGUAUUUAUUUAAAAACAUUUGUGGAUAAUAUUCACUAUCAAUCAUUUUGAAAUGAUGUAUGAAUUUUAAUGUUCUCAAAGGAGAAUGUGAACAUAUAUGCGUUUCAUCCUAAUUCACAGGAAUUUUAAAAAUAUGGUUCUCAAUUGGCCAGUAAACAAUGAUCUAAUUCAAUAUUAAAUUAGUCUUCAAGAUUUUAAUAUAGCUAGUAUUAAAUCCUACAUUUUUUAUCCUGUCGUAAUGUUGACUUUAGGUUCCAAAUAACUUCAUGAAUUAAAGUAUAAUUGGAUAAGAUCGAAUGAUUUAUCGGGUCCUUACAUCGUCUUCCAUCUUCCGGUCAAUAGAUAGGAGAAAAAUUUAUCUAUAAACCGAUGCACAGGUAGGUGAGCUUAGCAGGAAAUCAAUCAAGAGUUGAAGUUUCUUUACAGAAUGCAAAAAAAUUAUAUAAUUUUGUGGAAUAACAGAAUGGUAUAAGGAAACCAACUUGGUCCUCAAAAUAUUAAACUUCAAUUAGUGUCUUCCCAUGUCACAAAAAAGAUUAGUGAUUAUAAGUUUGACUGAUAGAUCUAUCCAACUAUCAGAUCCUGAAUUUAGAUGCUUAGCUAUUCAAAAAGCAAAAACUGCCUUGAAAGAAAAUAAUUAUCUGGAAAAAAUGAUAAAUAAACAUAAAUAACAUAACAUAAACAGUUGAAACAUUUAGAAGCAUUGACAUAUCAAAAGGUUUAAUAAAUUGGAAAUUAAAGAAAUUUAUAUAUAUAUAUAUAUAUAUAUAUAUAUAUAUAUAUAUAUAUAAAUGCAUCCAUCCAAUCAUUAGAAUUCAGAAAAUUCAUCAUUCAGAAAAUUAAGGCAAAAUUUGCAUCUGUUAGUCACAAUAUUGGAGUAAGCAUACGGAUAUAUCAUAUUCCAGGGUAGGAACACUUAUGAUUUAGUAUAGUUUCAUAAAUCUGUAUUUUAUGUAUUGCUGUUUACAAUAAUGUGAAUUGAUAAGUUGAUUCAAAUUGACAUUUGGUGUACUAAUACUUCCUCCUUUUUAUUGAGUUUGGUCUUUUUAAAUAUUAUCAAUUGUGAUGUGAUUGAAUUAAAAAUAUAUUCUAUAAUAUAUAUAAUUCUAUAAAAUAGAGUUUUCAACACAUUCUGUACACGAUAUUUUUCCACAACCUUAGAAAAAUGCAGUUAGUAUUCAUUUUUCAGCUAACAGAAAAUUUCAAUUCUCUCGGUGUCACACGCCAAGGUUUCAGAACUCAAAUUUAAAAUAUUAUUCGGUAAAGUACUUCAACUGCGGACAAAAUUAUUAUGCCAUUAUAGGGAAAUGUAGACAUUAGUAAUCACUGACCUGCAUGCAAAAUAAAAACACACAGGAUACGGUCAAUCAGAUUUCUCAAGUUCUCAUUUCAUAUGGGUGUGUCAUUCGUUCGUUUCCUUGUUGAAAUUGUUCGCAAUUUAAAAUUUUCAAUAUGAGAAAACUGUAUGGAAUAUGUAAUAUUUUAUAGUGGUUGUCGGAAAAGUUAUUGUUUGUGAUUAAGAGAAGUAUGAAAUGGAAAAUUAUUCAUCAAAAUAACUGAUGAGUGAUAAAUGUAUUUGACAUUUCCACAAUACGUAUGGGACAUAAGUUUUGUGAAGUUCUAUUACGUUGUAACCAUAUAUAAAUAAUUUUGGACAUAUUUGGUUAAUAAUUGCAUUCAGAUUGUCCAAAUAUUAUAAGUCAAUUCAUGUAAUCAAAUAGCCCGGCCGCUAUAAAUAUUUUAGAUUAAUUUUAAUAUUGUCAAGAAACGUACAAUUCACGCUAGAAAAUGAAUUUGGUAAUUAAUGCUAAUUGUGUAUAUUAUUCUUUCGUCGAAGCUUAUGUCUAUUACGUUAUUAAAUUAUUUUUGUGUUUGUUGGAAACAGGGUAAUUUUAAUCUCGAAAAGUAAAUUGAAUUGAAAUUCUAAUCACUGUACCGCUUUCUAAAAGAUUACAUUUGUUCAAGAAACUAAUACACCAGCAAUGUUAACAUUGAUUCAAAAUGUUAUAUGAUACUAAAUACGUUUGGGAAAUAAUAGAGGCUUCAAGGAAAAGUGUGCUGAUCCCACAUACAUUACUGAAGAGUUAAUGAUUCAGUACUUGAUUUAGCGUUGUGAAAGCAGCACUCGGGAUUUCUUGGUUCCUGUUUCAAAAAACUUGCCAAAUGAUUGAAAAUCAUAGUAUUUGAAAGCAUAAAUGCCGCGUUUUCCACAUUUUAAUAGAUGAAUUCGAUAUCACGUAUCCUUGCGAACGGCAUUUGAUCAUACGCUCAUCCAAAUAAAGUUCAAAAGUAGUACUAUUACGUAAAAAAUUACAACUGCUACAAUUGGUAGAUAUAUGGUUAUUGAAAAGUAACUUUUAUGGGGAUUAUAUAAUAAAUCUGUUUCCUUUGUUUGUGAAGCAGCUCUGCAGUAGAGUAACAAUAUAUGGGUCAAAUUUAACUGGAAAGGUAUCAACUUUAUCAAUAUUAAGAUGUUAAGUAUAUACAUCUUGUGGACCCUAAAAUGUUCUUUAAUCGGAGGGAAUGGAGUAUUUAAAUAACUAGAAGGUAUAUGCUUCUCAUAGAGCCAAAGAAUCAACUUUUGUCUCCGUUCUACAUUAAAUUCAAGAUUACUGGGAGGAUAAUAAAAAAAACUAUCAAGAGUAGUGCCAACUGACAAGCAAGUCCAUUAGAAAAAAAGUUAUUACGUUACCACACCAUCACUGGUCACAUUAUCCUUACGAAAUGUAUAUUUUUAUACCUUCUCUGUAAAUUUCUCAAAAUCAUUACAUUCGGAAAAAUAUUUUUAUUGCAUAAUUCAGUCGCUUUCCGUAUCUGAAAAAGCGGAACACUGGUUAGAAUCAUAGAAUUUUUUCACUCGAACAAAACGUUUAUCUAAUAUGGAUGUGAGUAGAAAUGUAUUAUCUUGUUAAGAAUUAGAAUAGUUCAAAUUAAAAGUUGUCAUGAAUAUCCAAUGAAACGGUGAUACAGAUGGAUUUUGUAAAUUUUGUCUGUAAUAUACAAUUGUUAAAGGUAA